AUGACAGUCAGCUAUAAUUCCGACGUUUCGUCAGUUUCUUCAACAACAUUUUUCAAAUUGCUCAUACGAUGGAAAGGAUCAAUAUGGAAAAGCGUGUCAUCUGAGCUUAUGCUUUGGACAACAUUCUAUGUUUUCACUGCUUUUGUCUAUCACCUCAUCUUGUAUCCAAAUGGAUCUUAUCACACAUUCAACAAAAUAGCAUAUUAUUGCAACGAAGCGAUCCAAAAGUAUAUUCCAGUCACUUUCAUGCUCGGAUUUUUCGUCACAAUGGUUGUCGAAAGAUGGCGAACGACAUUCAGCAAUAUGGGAUGGAUUGAAAAUUGCGCGCUGACUGUAAAUGCGAUGAUAAGCGGAGAAACUGAAGAAGCGACGUUGAUUCGAAGGAAUAUUGUUCGAUAUUUAGUUUUAUCGCAGAUUCUCACAUUUCGGGAUAUUUCAAUGAGAGUUCGACGUAGAUUUCCAAAUAUGGAUUCGAUUGCAAAAGCAGGAUUUUUAACAAUCGAAGAAGCCGAACAAAUCGAUGAAAUCAAUUUGUCUUACAACAAAUAUUGGGUGCCAAUUAAUUGGGCAAUUUCGCUGUGCAAUAAAGCGAAUAAAGAUGGCCUCGUCGUCAGUUUUCCAGGACACGUGGCAAUUGUUAACGAAAUCAAAACAUUCCGCACAAAUUUGGCAACAAUUUGCAAUUUCGACUGGGUUCCUGUGCCGAUCGCCUAUCCGCAAGUCGUUUUCUUCGCAGUUCGUGUCUAUUUCUGCCUAUGCCUUUUUACAAGGCAAUUUAUUCGAGAUGAAAAGAAAGCUGAAAUGGAUUAUGUGAACCUUUUAGUUCGGCCAAUAAUCACAAUCAUCGAAUUUAUUUGUCUGGUUGGAUGGAUGAAAGUCGCCGAAGCUCUUCUGAAUCCACUUGGAGAAGACGACGACGAUUUCGAAUGCAAUUAUCUGAUUGACAAGAAUAUAUUCACUGGCAUGAAAAUAGUCGACGAGUUCAAUGUCUCGCCGCCAACAAUAUACGACAGCUUCUCGGAUCCGGAUGCUGUUCCGAUAUACUCGGUUGAUUGCCAGAAACAUCAGAAUCUUGGCGAACUCGUCGGCUCCGUGUCGAAUGUUACAUUGGCAAAAACCGACGAGGACAUUCCGAUGGUCCCAGUGGCUCCGCGUAUGUCAAUCGGUGAUUUACACGAUGGAAUGGGAUCGCGACUAUCGUCAGUUCGACGACGAUUCAAUUCUAGCAGACCGAGUAGUAUUCGAGUCGCUCAGGCAAAAUCAUUAAGUCGACAAACUUCGGUUGAAGGCGAAAAUAAUAAAGCGUAUGAGAUCGAGAUUGACGAGAAAUCUGAAUCUCCAGUGCGACCUUCACAAUUCCAUAAAACGCUUUCGAAAGUUGAUGAGCAUGAAGAAUAUCAAGACAAACCUCAAGAGGACACAAGUCCGUCGAAUGUGAUUUCGAAAGUCUAA